AUGCAUGGGAAUUUCAAGAAUGAGUUCCCUAGACUACUGCUGAAGCAACUGCUGUGGAAUGCAGCAAGAUCCACCAUCGAAGCAGAUUUUGAUAGGAGAAUGGAAGAGAUUAAGAAGGUGAAUGUGAAUGCAUACAACUGGCUGGCAGCAAAGCAACCAUCAGAAUGGACCAAAUCACAUUUCAAAGAGGGGGUGAAAUGUGAUAUGCUGCUAAACAAUAUCUGUGAAAGCUUAAACAAUGCAAUUCUUGAUGCAAGGGACAAACCAAUUAUUUCUCUAUUGGAGUCCAUUAGGUAUUGGCUUAUGUGUCGUUUUUACAAAAAAAGGGAGAGUAUAUCAAAAUGGAAAGGCCCUAUACACAACAACAUUGUCAAAAUCACCACUAAGCUAACUGAGGUUGCUAAACGAUGUGUCGUAACAAGGGAAAAUGCAACUAUGUUCCAAAUUCAAAUGAAUCCAGGAGGUGGUUUCACUGUCGAUCUACAGGGGAAAACAUGCACAUGUAGGGGAUUCCAGUUGAUAGGCAUUCCAUGUGGACAUGCCUUAGCUGCAAUCUGGUUUUGCAACCAUCAAUCCCAUGCUUAUAUUCACCCUUGGUACAAGAUGGAGGCCUUCAAGAAGACUUAUGAACACACAGUUUACCCUGUGCCAAGCCCUGAUAAGUGGCCCAAAACAGGUCGAAAUCCAAUGUUCCCCCCAGGUGCAAACAUUUUGCCAGGUAGACCAAAGAAAAAGCGAAGAAGAGAUGCUGAUGAGCCACCCCCUCCAAAUUGCACAAAGACAAGGAGAACUGGUGCAAUUAUGCAUUGUAGCAAAUGCAAGAAACCUGGACACAGUAAGAGGACUUGCAAGAAUGAUGCAGCACCUGCUCCUACUCCUCCAACUUAG